AUGGGUAACCCCGUCGAUGAAACGGAUAAGCUCGAGGCUUUCAACAUCUACGUCAAUUCCAUGGCUACACUACCGGUGGACCUCCGAGAGUAUAUUCAGAAGGAGAUCGAAGCUCCUCGAAAGGUCUGGUCACCUGCCGCCACGAACUUGUAUCGCAAUCAACCAUCCGCCCGAAAUGCCAAUGAGCGAAGCGGCAUCGACAUCCUGGCAGAUGACCUCCUCUUCCGAGAUGAGGUCCAUGGUGGCGAAGACCACAUUUGCCGCGUUGCCGAAGCCUACUUGCGAACCGCACACCUUCCCACGGCGCCUUCAGCUCUUGUGGAGAAACAGCACGGCAAAGUCUUAACGCAGCCUAUUGCGGACACGGCUAUCGGCUAUAUAUCUUCGAAAGACUCCAAGGACCGUGCAGUCGCACCGUUAACCCGGAAAGAAGAAUUAGUGAUAACGCCAGACGCUCUGGUGUCGAUGAUUCACUUUCCUUUUUUGACCUGCCAAUGGAAGAGUGCGACAGGCACUGGCGGAACCAUGUCUCAUGCCCAGAAUCAGUCUGCUCGCGAUGGCACCGCUAUAGUAAACUACCUGCAUGAUUUCUACACCAGGGCCGCUCAUGAACCUUCUGCCGUGGAUACCUGCCAUUGGUCUGUAACAUGCGACAUGCACUCGGCCAUGCUUUGGGUUCACUGGCGCAACUUCAACAAGGAGGAACAGAUUGUAGAGCAUCACAUGACGUUGGUCGAUCAACAGUUCCUGCGUUCCGCCAAAGAUGUGAACAACAAGGCUAUGGAAGGCUUCCGAAGUCAGCUACGUAACAUCCUCAACUGGGCCCUCGGUCAACGCCUACACAAUCUGAAGGCGGCUAUCCCACAAUAUGAGGUCAACGAGGCGAAGAAGCUGAAGCGUGCCAUUCCAGCAGCUGCGCGUAAGGCUUCUCAGCAGACGUCAAACCAGGGACGUGGCAGCAAUUCGAGAGCAUUGUCCGAAGAGUCGUCACCGCAAAGCUCGAAGCGUCCGAAAAUCGGAUCAACAAACCAACAGCAGCUCGACUGA